CCUUUGCCGUGGUUUCUGGCGUUUGUAGGCGUCGUGCAGCCUGUUGCGGCCGGGCCGCUGCUGUAAGACCAUCGAAAGUCCUGAGCGGCCGCUUCCGGCGCUCGAAUCGCUGGGUGCCCAGCCCAUAACACCGCGAUGAAGACCUUGAUAGAGACUCCCAGCCACGUGGCCGUGUUGGACUUGCAGACGGAGAAGUAUGGCAAACUCUGGCACGGAGAAAGGAUGGCCACGGUAUCGGAGGACGGCGACAGUGUAAGCGGCACCACUGGGCAUCGCACACGAGCAGAGGGGCGCGGUCAGAGGGGCGGAGGAGGCCCUCGUGUUGCUGCCGCAGAGGGGCACAGGAUGGCAUGUUUUGUUUGUUUUUUGUGUUGUGUUUGUCCGUGUGUGUCGUGUCGUUGGUCAGAUGAUGAUGCUGGAUGAGUCGAGGAGGAGGAUAACGGUAGUUGACCUCAAGAGCAAGGGCAAGACGCCUCCCAAAGAGAUACAAGGUCCGCUCAAAAUCAAAGGCAGGCGGGGGAAUGCAAUGCACGGCACUCAUUGCACGGCACUCGGGCGCCUCGUGUGUGCUGUGUGUUGCUGCGUGUGUACUGUGUGCCUCAGUAUCGCUGCAGUCAGAGGUCGACCAAGUGUGCCUCUCGGCGGGGGGCAAACACCUGGUCACUCACACACACAAAGGGAAGAACGAAUGGGGCACUGUGGUCAACUGCCUGUGUGUGUGUGUGUGUGCCUGUGUGCAGAUAACUCUCGAGAGGAACGCGCCCGCAGUCAACGUGUGGAGGGCGAGCGACGGAACGUGGGUCAGUCACCAAAUGCACACAACCAACCAGGGCGCAGAAGACGUGUUGUGGUUGUGCUGUUGUGUUGUGUUGUGUAUGGUGUUGUCAUGUCAGGAGCGGGAGUUUGCGGUCAGCGGCGUGUGGCCGACAGUCCAAUUCACAGGGGGGGAUGAGUAUGCAUUCGCAAAGGUACCCACCCACCUAGCUGCCUACCUACCUUGCACCCACCCACUGUGUCGCUCGUAAGACGAUUUGUGGACCGUGUGUUUGUGCGUCCGUCAUGUGCAUGGCAUGGCAUGCAGGAUGCCUAUUUGGAGGGUCUGGAUGUGUUUGUUGGCUCCACGUUGGCGGGCAGCACGUCACCCACCGCACACAUAAAGGUGGAGGAGCAGCCAGUGCUCGCCUUCAAACCUUCCCCACAGGUACACUUGCCGCUAUCCACAACCCACACAUCCAUGUCUGUCAUCGUUGUGUGUGUGUGUGUGUGUGUGUGUGUAGGGUGCGGCGUUGGUGGCUGUGGCGUUUUGUUGUGAGGAGGACGACACGUCCGCCUAUAUCACCAUAUACGACCUGCUCAAGAAAUCCGCCAAGGGCAGGAAAGCCAACGCCGUGGUGAGCCCAACUGACAGCUUAACCGCAUCCAUCCAUCGUGUCGUUGUGGGCUCUGUGCCUCCAUCCAUCCAUCCAUCCAUCAGGAGCCGCACCCGCUGCCGGGCAAGGCCGAGCUGCACUCUGGUUCUGCAGAUGGGCGGUUCGAAAUGAGGUGAGAGAGGGAGGAAGGGAAAGGACAACAUGCAGGAGGGUGUGCAUUGCCAUCGAUGUGCGCAAUGCAUUGCACUGCAGGUGGAACCCCUCAGCUUCAGGGCUGAUUGUAAGCUGACCUGUCAGCGAAGAGGGAGAGUGCCGGGCACUGUGUAUGUGCAGGUUGCGGAGUUUGAUGGCGCUAAGCCGCAUUUGGCGCGAUACGUGUCGAUCAUACAAGUACUGAGGGGAGGCACACUUAACUACCAGAGAGCAGAGGGGCAUUGUUCAUCUGUUGUAUCUGUCGUCAGCUGCCGGACACGAGUGACGGGGACGAGCUGACGAUGAGGACCCUGGAGCCCGUUGAAGUCGGCAUCACCACACAAGGUACCCCACCCACCUACACCUCAUCAACACACACACACAGAGCAGCGUCGAUGUGCAGUGCAUGGUGUGUCAGGUCGGUGCAUGGCGACGGCGUGGCAGUGGAGCGGCACUACUGAGAGGUUCGCGAUCAACUUCGUGCAGCAGGACCAAACCAACAGGGUACACCAACCACAGACACGGCGAUGACAGACGCACCCCACCCAUUGCCUCUCUCGUCUGUGCCAUUGAUAUUGAUCAGGUAGACGUGUUUGACAUGGAGGGCAACAGCAAGCACCAGCUCAAGCUCGGAAAGUACACACACACACAGAGACACAGACACGCACACCAGCCAGACAAACACACGGCACAGCACGGCAUCUCACGUGUGUCGUGUGUGUCAGGUUGCCUGAGACGCGCAAGUUGAAGGUGAGGAUAGACAAGCUGCAGUUCGACCCCACCGGCAGGUACCUGGCCAUCGCUGGCAUACAAACCGCCAACAACUCGGGUGAGUCGGUGCGCCAGCAGGCGAAGAAUGCCCUCCACACACGAAUACGCCUGUGUGUGUGUGUCUUCGAUCCAUCUGUGUAUCAGGUUUCGCCGCGGUGUGGGACGUGUCGACCAAGGCGUUGGGUCCGGCCGAAGUGGUCUUCAGGCUCAUUGCACAAGACGCUACCGUAGGGACAUGGGCCGUCACACUCUGAGACGCCGCCCAUCUCCACGUUUGUGUGUCGUCAGAUUCCGCCGACGGACGUGCUGCAGUGGGUGUCGCUGUCAGGGUCCCGGUACCUCAUGACCGGUACGCACGUGGCAACACCAAAGCACCACCACAACCACCAACACACACACACAGCCCGCUCUCUGCCUCCUUCCCUUCUCUGCAGGCCAGACGCUGCCCAGCACCGAGACGUCGAUCCACCUGUGGAACCCCAUGACGGCCAGCAACACGCCGUUCAAGUCCAUCCACUUCGACACGACCCACACACACGGCAACGGCUGUGUGGAAGGCCAGGUGGUGGAUGGCAAUGGCAAUGGUGGUGUGAGUGUGAGGUCGGACGCCUUGGUGUCGGUGCAGCUGAUGCCCCACUGCUCGCAUCAGAUCGGGGGAGGGGGGAGGAAGGACUCGAGCGGCAGCGGCACCUCACCCGUCAUGGCGGCGGACACUAGCCCAUCCAGCAAUAGCAAGAAGGUGAGAAAAGGAAGUGAGCGACCAAAGGGUGGGGCAGAGGAGGAACCACACAAAGGGAAUGUGCGUGUGUGGGUGGAUGUGUGUCAGGGCAAUGGUAAGGGCAGGUCAGGUUCUCACGGCAAACACGGACUGCUGGCGAACGGCGCGCUGAGCAAGAAGGACAGGGAGACCAGCAAUGCAAGCACCAACGACGACUCACCGUGUGGCGGACAGGUACGUAUCACCCCCUCAACCACACACCACUACUCUGCAUCUCACGUGUGUCAUGCAUUGCAUUGCACACCAUGCGAUUGUCACCAGGUCGACGGCCGUGGACCGCACCGGCACAACUCGACGUCUAGCGGCAACCUGAGCAUGAUAGAGAGGAGCGACUCGUCCAGCACUUCCACUUCAGUCACCGCACUCUCGCCCUCGCACUCUGCCAUCGCCGUGGACGGACAGGUAUGCCCCCUCCCCCAAGAAAACACACACGCACAACAUAAAUGGAGGGGUGCCUAUGUUGUGGGGUACCUGGAUGUGUGUGUGUGUGGCGCAGUUCACGCCCGAGGGCCGGCCGCCGAGGCUAAGGGACGCGCUGGAGAUGCCCUGCAAUGGCGGCAACGGCAACGGCAAGGACACCUAAGAGGAGAGAGAGGGAUUGACGCCCACCCACCCAUCCAGGAGAGAUAGAGGGAUUGCCACAUUUUCUCACACACUCAUUUCAUUGACUUGGUCGAAGUGCACUCCACGCCACGUUUUGGUUUGCUCACGCGCACUCGCACAUCACAUGACAUGAGAUGCAUUGGUAUGGCAUGGCAUGGCAUGGCAUGCUCUGGUCUGGCUGGCUGGCUGGCUGGCUGGCCGGUUUCUCCUCUCUGCCUCAUUCACUUAUCCAUCCCUCUCUCUCUCGUCGUCCGUGCAUCCUCUCAAUUUUCCCCCUGCCUGGUCAAUCGAACGGACAGACGGACGAACGCCAUACUCGCAUGCCCCACACAUGACACCACAUCCGACCACACCGUGCCGUGCACGCCGCGGCUGGAUGGAUGGAUCAAGAGGGACAUCUGUCUGUCGCUGUGUGCGUGGUGGCGGGGCGUGGGGUGGGGUGGGUGAGUGUGCGGCCUUGUUUGUCUGCCUGCGAGUGUCGCCGUAUAUACAAUUGAGGUGUCUGUGUGUCGGGGUGUGUGUGUGUGUGUGUCUGUCGUGCGUUGUUUGGUGUGGUUGGCUGGAUGGUCCAUCCACUGGUCUUGCUGUAGAAUAGCACACUCACGCCCCCUCCCUCCUGGUCCCUUUUCCUGCCUGCUUUUCCGUCGGUCACACAAAAGGCACGCAGAGCACGCCCACACCGACAUGGCAACACAGAGAGAGAUUUUCACCCCACCCCACCCUCCCCCUGCCCCCUGUAGCGUAUCGUAAUCGUAUGCAACGUCUCGUGUGUAUGUAUGCAUGUACGUCGAUCCAUCCAUCCAUUCUGCCUUUUUGCCAAGCGUCACGUCACGCCACACCCACCCAUCGAUCCACAGAGUGGUUGUCCAUCUAUCCAUCCAUUCAUCCAUCCAUCCAUCCGUAUGUGUACAGGUGUCGUGUUGGCGGCAGAGGGAGGGAGACAGGGAGGGAGAGAGAGGGAGGGAGGGGUUCGGGCGGAGUGUGGUGUGGGUGUGUGGGUGAGAGGUGAUUUUUCCGUCACUGCUGGGCUGAAGGAGGGCCCCCAGACGGAAGCAGGGAGGGAGAGAGGGAGGGAGAGAGAGAGAGGGAUUGACACGGCACACACAUGCAUAUCUGCAUGGAUUGGUGUCGGUCGGUUGUCGGUCUCAUCUGUGUGCAUGUGUGUGUGUGUGUAUGUAUGUGACGUGUGUGGUGGGUGUCAUGUCAAGGUAGGUACGGUGGCUGGCUCACUCCCCAACUACCUACCGGCGAUUUUGCUGCUUGCGCUGCAGAGGGACGCGUGUGGGUGAUUGUUUUUUCAACCACACACAUGCGUGUAUGUAUGUGUCUGUGACCCAGACAGACAGACGAGUAUUGUGCUCACCCCCCCUAACAUGCCUACAGGUAAGGCACGGUGUGUGGACGUUGAUGGCGUGUGCAGGCCUUUUUUCAGACACUCUCCCUCUCUCUGUUGAUGACACGAAUGGCUGCUGAUGGUACACAUGCGUCCCUGCAUGAUGUGUUAGACGGGUUUUUUCGCCGACUGCCCGCACCCCAUUUUCUCGGUCUGGCCCCUUCGCUUCGGUUCGUUCCCCCCAUUGAUUGACUGAUUGCUCGUUUUCACUCACUGCGAUGUAUUCUAGGCAGGCGGCAAGGUAACUCACUCUCACGCACUCACUGUCUGGACGGUUGCGCGGGCGGGCAUCCUUUGUUUGUUGUCGUGUUGUUGCUGUGAUGUGAUGUGCUCUGAUGUGUAUCAUACCGCUUGGCUGGACGGCUGCGUGGCGGGGCAGGAAAGGGGCAGGGGAGAGACCCGCCGCCCAACCACCGAUCGAUCGAUCGACCGACCGACCCACAUUUUUGCGUUGCUGCGCCGCCGUCAUUAUGUCGGGCUGGGUUCAGGGGUAUGACGUGGCGUGGCAUGGCAUGGUGGGGGGCGUAAGGAGGCUCGAUUCUCGUCUGUAUGUUUGUUCGUCAACAACACACACCAGCCUGGAGCGAUUUAUCGGUUGUUUGUACGUGUCUGUGAGGUGUGAUCUCCCUCUCCCUCUCUCUGUGUGUGUCGCCGUGUGAUCGAACAUUAUUCGGUCAAUUGAAUGUCAUCAUCUACGUACGCGUGUUUGUUUGUGUGUGGGUGCGGGUGUGUGGGUGCGGAAGGGGUGCGUUCGUCUCGUCUGUGUGGGUUUACUGUGUGCAUGUCUGUGUGUUCGAGGACAGCAGGGGUUUGUGGGUGACCGACCGUUCACGCCGUCUAUAUCGUCACAUACACACGGUUUUUUGGUAAUUUGUCG